AUGGCCCAUCAAGUUUCUGCCGCCCCGCUCCGUGUCCUGCCUCCGUCAUCGCUCCCAUCCUCGUCCAUAACUCCAGUCAAUCUGCCCGAGUUCCCUUCGGCUGUAGUCCACACCUCUCCACCCUCCCAAGAAGAGUCAGAUGCUGCGCAGGACGCCUCUGACCGGCACUUCGUUCCCACCAUCCAUGUACCCACCGAACCCUCAGCGCAUCGGCUGCCGUUCCAGAACAUACAUACGACCGACGCCACGGACGACGAGUCGUCCAACAGUGUGGAAAUACAAAUGAAGGGCAGGAGACCCGCCAUCGCCGCUGCGGGGACUUUCUUUGGACUGUUCUCAUUUUCGCAAAUAUAUCAGCACGCGCUCUUCGAGAAGCUGACGCCUUGGGGUGAGCGCCUCGACGAGAAGUCAUGGGUCGCGUCAUCACAUUCUUGGUUGGACCGGAAGACCUGUAGCUGGUUUGGCAUGUGUGGGCUGGCUCACUUGAACCAGGCGGAUUGGACCUCACAAUCGGGAGCCCAGAAGAGGCUUGACGACGAAACCGACAGGGUGAAUUUGACAGACUUCUGGAACGAUGUACGGAAUAUACCCAAGGGCUGGGAGGAUCAGAAGGAGCGGGAGAUCCCACAAUAUGUACUAGACCAUGCGCCUCUGAUUCAUCUGUUCUCGGGCGAGCAAUACUGGCCAGGCGACAUGGCAGAGCAUCUGAUUCACACUACCCCACACCUCAACUAUACGCCGUUACAGGCGACGGAUGAUCACCCAACUAUUUCCAAUCUAGGCCAGCUCAAUAAGUGGGGGCGAUCCGUAUAUCUCCAGAGUGACGACAAUGUGGAAGAUUACCCAGAUUGGCUACGGGGCGAGAGCAACAUUCCCAACGUGCCUCAAGAGGGAACUGACGAGGGUGAAGAGGGAGAGUCUAGGGAGCGGCCUGUCGACUUUGACGAGGACGCCGAGGGCGAGAAGUCUGAUUGGUGGCAUGUUGGUAUUGGAGACACGGACGAAAAGGGCGGCAUACGAACCAUCUCUUCCACCCUUCUUCCCAAACCUACCAUGGCUCCCGAAGUCUGGCAGCCAGAGCUACGAGUGCGCAAGCGCAAUCGCAAGGUGACGGGCAAGAAGGUGGUGGGUGGCAGAAGUGAGGCACCUGUAGUGCUGAUUGUAGUGCCUAAAGGGGAUGGUGUCGUGGACGCUUUCUGGAUGUUCUUCUACAGCUACAACCUCGGAAACGCGGUCUUCAACGUGCGGUUCGGCAAUCACAUUGGCGACUGGGAACACACGACUAUUCGUUUCCACCACGGAAAGCCCAAGGCUGUUUUCUUCAGUGAACACAGCUUCGGUGAAGCGUACACGUGGGAGGCGGUAGAGAAGAGUGGCAAGCGAGAACAGCCCAUCGGUUUCUCAGCCUCAGGGACGCAUGCCAUGUAUGCCACAGCCGGUCUUCACCCCUAUGUUCUUCCCGGCGGCAUUUUGCACGACGUGACGGACCGCGGACCCCUCUGGGAUCCCGUGCAGAACAUGUACUCUUACACGUAUGACUAUCAAAACGACACGCUCCUCUCCUCCCAACUCAACCCGGCUGCACCCGUCAGCUGGUUCUACUUUGGCGGCCACUGGGGCGACAAGUUCUAUCAGCUCAGCGACCCACGACAAUACCGCUUCUUGGGCCAAUAUCACUACGUCAAUGGCCCACUUGGACCCCGAUUUAAGAACCUUGGACGACAGGAAAUCUGUCAAGGCAAUGGUGAGUGUAUGCUCAAGAAGAGGAUUGGGGACAAGAGCAUGAAAGUGAAGCGAUGGGCCGAUUUCGGGGAAGCGGAAGAGAUGAGCGAGGAAGAUGGCAGACGGCUGUGGGGCGCAGACUAUGACUCUGCCUUGUGA